GGCGCGGGCGCGAGACGCUGCGCGGCGGCAGUGGCGGGCGCGAGCGGCAGCUGUCAGGCCACCGAGGUCCAGGCUGCACUUGCUGCCCCACUGAGGUUGAGGAGGCAGCAGGAGCGGUGACGGUGUAGCCGAGGAGCCGGACUGGCAGCACGCAGAGCUGACCUGCCAGGCACCCGCGGCCCUCUCCGGUCUCUCCCAUUGUAGUGGAGGCAACCUGGAGGCAGAUUGAACCCUCAGAAGAAAGACUAAAGCAACAGCAAGAAAAAUUAAAAGACUAAAACUGACAAAGACCCAACUGGAUAGGUUUAUAUUCUACACUCAACCUGGUUUUCUUGGUUAUAAACUCCUCUCUAUCUGGUGCUGCAACAAUGAGUGGGAAAUCCUUGCUCUUAAAAGUCAUUCUCUUGGGUGAUGGUGGAGUUGGGAAAAGUUCGCUUAUGAACCGUUAUGUAACCAAUAAAUUUGACUCCCAGGCUUUUCACACCAUAGGGGUAGAGUUCUUAAAUCGGGAUCUGGAGGUAGAUGGACGUUUUGUAACUCUCCAGAUCUGGGACACUGCAGGGCAGGAACGCUUCAAGAGCCUUAGGACACCCUUCUACAGGGGAGCAGACUGCUGCCUCUUGACCUUCAGCGUGGAUGAUCGGCAGAGCUUCGAGAACCUUGGCAACUGGCAGAAAGAAUUCAUCUACUAUGCAGAUGUGAAAGACCCUGAGCACUUCCCAUUUGUAGUUCUGGGUAACAAGGUAGACAAAGAGGAUAGGCAAGUGACUACUGAGGAGGCACAAGCCUGGUGCAUGGAGAAUGGGGACUACCCUUACCUAGAAACAAGUGCCAAAGAUGAUACAAAUGUGACAGUGGCCUUUGAAGAAGCUGUCAGACAGGUGUUGGCUGUAGAGGAACAGCUGGAGCAUUGCAUGUUAGGUCACACUAUUGACUUGAACAGUGGCUCCAAAGCAGGAUCUUCAUGCUGUUAAAGUAGGAAGCCUUUUUAAAGUGUGCCCCAAAUUGGCCAGUCAUAGUGUAAGAAUAACUGUGCCCCUCUAAGAGUGCACACACGCACAAAAAGGAUGAGAGUUAAGGUUGUGCUUGUUAAACAGAGCCCUUCAAAUUGAAGUUGUAGAGCAAUUUUAAAAAAAGCUUUAUCAAGCCAAGUGUAUUUUGCGUGAUUUCUUGCUAUUUCCUUCUUGUGUGUAUCAGGACAUUUCAGAAAGCUUUAGUCCUGAGAGAUUUAGAUAUUUUUCAAAUCACAGUUUAAACUUAGAACCCAGCCGCAUGAAGGAGAUAAAGAGCUAAAGCUAUCCCUUAAAGCAUUCCAUUAAUCAAGUAAGAAAUGUCAGCAUCAACUCUUGCCAAGCAGUUUCCAACACUUCUGCCAAAGGAAAAAAUAUAAGACUCUGAACUAUAUUACAAUGAAGAAUAAUAAUGCAAAAAAGAUGUCCUAAGCUUGAAUUAGGAAGAGGUUGUGAUAAUUAGGAAUGAAAAAUAUAAUGAUGUACCCUGCCUUGUUUAAGUCCUUAUAUGUGGUUUGUUCCUAUCUGAGCUUUUCAGAAAAUACCAUCUCAAUAAGAGAUGCACUGAUGACACUGGGAAUUGAUUUUUUUCUCCUUGUGUUUGAAGUACCUUGUGAAUUGAUUAUGCUUAAGUAUAUGCCAACCAUCCUUGCAAAUAAGUGAGUGGUCUGCUUUUACUUCAGAAGUCUACUUUUGCUGCAUAGGGAUGUUGCUUGUCUGACAACCUCUUACCAAUUCAGAAAUGCUGCUUAGUAUAUGGCUUUGGAUGCAGCGCUCUCUGCUCCCAACUUGGAUGGUCCUUUGAUCCACCAUGCUGUGCUCUCAGAGAAGGCUUCUGAAAACAUUAGGGGAUAACAGGCUUUUCUCACAAGGUUCCUUUACUCCCAUAUUUACUGUAGGAGAAGGAACUGAUUUCUUGUAUAUUGUAACUGUAUGUUCAGCUGGGAAAACUAGGAUAUUGAAGAUAACAAGAGAGCAGACUCUAACCCAGUGUUAGAAUGGAUUUCUCAUAAUUAGAGCUGUCAAACAGUGGAAUAGACUGCCUUAAUAGUGAACUCCCCUUUAGUGAAAGUAUUCAAGAAGAUGCUGGAUGACCAUCUGCUAAAAUGCCAUAAAAAGAAUUUCUGUACUGCCUAGAUAUUUGGUUGAAGCUCCCUUCCAACUCUAAGUUCUAUGAAUUUGUAAGCUACGAACUGUAUUUCAGUGCUCUGCUAGAGUUAAGAGAUGUAUCUUAAGGCAACAGCUGAGACUAUGGAGAGGGACUUUUUAAAAAUUCUUAAACUAUUCUGUUAUCAGCAUAUAAUAGCAAUUAUAUGGCUCUUUCUUUUGCUUUUGUGCCAUGGUAGGAAAAAUUCUUGAGCUCUGAGGAGUCAUUAUGUGUCCUGAUAAAAGCACCCUAAAGAUAUUGUAUUAAAAUAUUAAAAAUGGUUUGUCAAAUUUUGAUUACUGUGACUGCCAGCUAUGUAUUAUAUUAUGAAUAUGCAGUCUAGUUUCUGUUGGUUGAUGUUUGUUCUGCAUUGCUUUUAAUACAUACUUUUAAAACAUCUAAGAUCAAAAUAGUGACCCAAGGUCAUGAGGGACAGUUAGAAACGAACCCAAAGAGACCUAGGCCAGGGAGGAAGUGGGUGCUUUCACAGGAAUAUAUCCUAGAACUCGCCAUUGUAGCCACAUAUGGAAUCAGUCUUACAUGUGAGACCUUAUGUGCUUUAAGAGGUCUGGGACUUUUUGGCCACAUAGACAAGUGGAAGGUGAUAUUUUAAUGCAGUCAUACUCAGUAUUUCCAAUUUAAAUAUAGUUCUGACCCCAUUGUCCAACUAACUUUGAUGUCAGAAGUCAAAGCCAGAACGGGAACCCCAUAGCUCUUAGGCAUUGGUCCCUAUUUUGCCUAUGCUUAUAGCCAGCCACAUGGUUUCCAAGUUCUAUGAUAAUUUUGCUAUAAUCAUGUUAAGGUAAAAAUCCGUAUGUCGAGGCUGUUAAAUGCUAAUUGUUUUUAAGUGCAUGAGAUCUGGGGCUUUCUCUUUCUACUUGCACUCUGCAUAUAAUAGUUUCUAUUUGUAGAUCUCGGGCCUUCAUAAAUACCUCUGUCUACUCACAGAAGUACAUCAGAAUGGCAUGUGGUCAUUUAAGUAAAAAAAUUAUGUGUGUAUCACGUUCAUAGGCCUCCUGUCCAUCCAAAACAAAUAUUAAUUUUAUUGGCAGGUCAACUGAAGCCCCUUUCCUCUUAGCCAUACCAAUUUUUUUUUUUGCAAAAUCACUACACAAUAUCUUAAUGAAACCACUUCACAUUAAGUGACAAAAACAGUGGCACUUUGGUGAGUAACACUCAGCGGGGUGCUGACAUUAGUUUGAGUAAGAUUAAAAAACACCAAAGGCUGAAAUGUGUGAGUACCAAGAACUGUGCUUAGAACCAAGAAUAUGGGCUUAGAAAUUGUGUACCCUAGAAUUUUUAGUGCAAUAUUUUCAUUAGGUUCAUUAUUUUUUUAAUGAACACUAGAUUUUUUUGAGUGGGAUACUUCUAAUUGGAACUAUACUGGUUUCCAAUGAUCCAUUAAACCAUCAUACAGAGUAUUUAUUUGGUUUAUUUUCAUGUAUUGGACUAACAUUCAGGGGGCCUCAGAGUCUGUGUGUCUUCAAUGGUUUGAUGAAUUUCAGGUUAAUUUGUGCCUGCCUCAGCCAUGUCUAAUUUACCGUGAGGUAUUCCACAAUCCUCUCGUUGCAGGUGCUGCUAAAAACUCAAAAUUGUGUAUCCUAUAUUUUAUCUCAACUGUAAAAAUUCAUCUGUGUUAAAGUAAAUAAAAAGUGCACUUUGAAU